AGGGAGUGGACGGGGCGAUCCCGGGCUGGGGCGGGGCCAGGGCUGGGGCGAGUCGUAAUAUAGAGCCAGCACUGCCCGCUAGCAGCACAGCGCGGAGACUGGAGCCCUAGGGCCCGCCCGAGCAUCAGAGUGUCCACUAGUCCCCGCUAUCCCGGCCCUGCGCCCCUCCGGCCAUAGCUGCGGAGCCGCUGUCUAGAGCCCCAGCCUCGCCACCAUGAGAGUCCUGCUGGCAUGCCUGCUCCUCUGCGCCCUGGUCGUGAGCGACUCCGAGGGCAGCCAUGAACUUCAUCAAGUGUCUGGUGCAUCGAAGUGUGGCUGUCUGAAUGGAGGAAAAUGUGUGUCCUACAAGUACUUCUCCAACAUUCAGCGAUGCAACUGCCCAAAGAAAUUCCAAGGGGAACACUGUGAGAUAGAUACAUCGAAAACCUGCUAUCAGGGGAAUGGUCACUCUUACCGAGGGAAGGCCAACACUGACACCAGCGGCCGGCCCUGCCUGGCCUGGAACUCUGCCACCGUCCUUCUGAAAACGUACCAUGCCCACAGACCUGAUGCCCUUCAGCUGGGACUGGGGAAACACAAUUAUUGCAGGAACCCAGACAAUCAGAGAAGGCCCUGGUGCUAUGUGAAGGUUGGCCUAAUGCAGAUUGUCCAGGAGUGCAUGGUGCACAACUGCUCUUCUGGAAAAAGUGCCCUCUCUCCUCCAGAAAAGUUACAGUGCGGCCAGAAGGCUCUGAGGCCCCGCUUUAAGAUUGUUGGGGGAGAAUUCACCACCAUCGAGAACCAGCCUUGGUUUGCAGCCAUCUAUAGGAGGCACCGUGCAGGCUCUGUCACCUACGUGUGCGGGGGCAGCCUCAUCAGCCCCUGCUGGGUGGUCAGCGCCACACACUGCUUCAUUGGUUACCAAAAGGAGGAGGACUACAUUGUCUACCUGGGUCGGUCAAAGCUUAACUCCAUCACGCCUGGCGAGAUGAAGUUUGAGGUGGAAAAGCUCAUCUUACGUGAGGACUACAGUGCUGACACCCUUGCUCACCACAAUGAUAUUGCCUUGCUGAAGAUCCGUUCCAGCACGGGCCAGUGUGCACAGCCAUCCCGGUCCAUACAGGUCAUCUGCCUGCCCCCAGCGAAUGAGGAUGCCCGUUUUGGCACAAGCUGUGAGAUUACUGGCUUUGGAAAAGAGAAUCCCUCUGACUAUAUCUAUUCAGAGCAGCUGAAAAUGGCUGUUGUGAAGCUGGUUUCCCACAGGGAGUGUCAGCAGCCCCACUACUAUGGCACUGAAGUCACCAACAAAAUGCUGUGUGCAGCUGACCCACAGUGGGAAACAGAUUCCUGCCAGGGAGACUCAGGGGGGCCGCUGGUCUGCUUCACCCAAGGCCGCAUGACUCUGACUGGGAUUGUGAGCUGGGGCCGUGAAUGUGCCAUGAAGGAAAAGCCAGGCGUCUACACAAGGGUCUCAAGCUUCCUGCCCUGGAUCCACACUCACAUUGGGGGAGAGAAUGGCCUAGCCCUCUGAGGGCCCCCAGAGAACCAAGGGAAGAGACGGGUACCACCCACUCCCACAGUGACUGUCAUUUUUGCAGUAGGGCCAUCUGCACAGCUAUAUAUAAUGAAGAGACUGAGGAAGAUGAGCUCUGCAGAGGUGGUUUUGCUUGUGCUGCCCAUCAGGGUGAGUGACAGUAGCUUCACCCUCAGAUACACGUCUGGGUGCUGGACACCCAGAUCUCCCCUGGCCAGGAUGGAAGGGUGGUCCUGAACCAGAAUGGUAUUGUCGUUUUCUGGACUAAAGCUUCCUGGAGUUAAAAAUGGCAUCUCCUGUGCAUAGGUGGAAGGAGAGCCAGCUCCCUGGCAGUGGGCCAUUGAUGAGGCCCACUGUUGGGAAAUGAAUAAUUUCCCAAUUAGGAAGUGUAACAGAACUGAGGUCUCUUGAGAGAGCUUGGCCAAUGCAGGAACAGUGGUUUGGAGAGUAAGGACACUAAAUGACUUGAGGGAAGGGCUCUGACAUUCCAUGAAUGUAUCAGGAAAUGUUAUAUACGUGUGUGUAUGUUGGGACACUUGUGCACAGGCUGUGUCAGUGUAAGAGCUGGUGUUCUGUGUCUGACUGCACGUCUAGAUACUUCCCCAAAUCGUAUGGACUGUCACAUCACACAGAAUGGCCUGUUUGGAGAGGUUGUGGGGCCUCUUGGGUCUCCCAGGCAAUGAUACAUAUAAAUGUAUCAUUCUGGGGCACAGACUGUGACCAGCACUAAAUUUCCAGUUUCACGUUCACAUAGAUGUCCAUUCUUGGCCAGUUAUCCCUUCUGACCUUCCAGCCGAGUUCAUCCAAUCCUCACUGAGUGAGGUGAGGACCAUUCCUGUACACUGAAUAUUUAAUAAUUAUAUUCUGGUAUUUUUAUUUAUAUCUAUUUUUGUAAUUUUGAAUAAGUAUGAUUGAUCAAAUGUGAUUUUUCUGAAGAUUUUGGCUCUUCCCUCGUGCUUGUAUGGGAGGGAGUUGGGAGCAUAAAAAGUAGAAAAUGACGAUGGUGGAAUGCACCCGAGUUUCCUGGGGGGCUAUAUCUGGACUUAAUGGGGCUUUGGGAGGAGAGGCUAGGAGACUUGUAGAACAGACCCUCCAUAGCACAUAAGGUACAAAAAUGUGCCCCAAGCCAGAAGUCCACAGCUUGGUAAAUGGUGUGCAGGCUUUGUCAACUCCCAGUUCCCUCCUCAGCCUGAUGCCUUUGUGCAGUGCACAUCUUGUACAACGUUACAUGGUGAUCCUACCAUAUACUCUUCACUCUGCCCCCAACAAUCCUUGGGCUGACUUCAACCAAGGGGGACAUGUGCAUGAGUGAAAAUUGAUGAUCCCAAACCCAGCCCAGCUUGAGUCUGUGGCAUUCAGGAAACAGAAGACAUAAUUUCCCAUCAUCCGUGCAUGGGGCUGGUGCUGAGUUUCCUCAGUGUGUGUUAAUGAAGCUCAUGACUAGCCUUUGCUAUCCCUAAUAUCAGGAAGCUCAGAAUCUAAAGCUGGGUGAUAUCCUAAUGGGCGUGUACAUAUAUUUUGAACCAAACAUCAACUUCUUAAGAACUGGAUGUAGAAGGUAGGUCAGGAGUUACAGUUGGAUGCCAAAAUUUUGGAAUUUCCAAGCUAUGCUAGUGAGUUUUGGCAGUGUUUCUUAGCCAAGUCACCUGCGAACUUAAAAAUAUAUAUAUAUAUAUAUAUAUAUAUGUUUAUGCUCCACCCACAGAGAUUGUGAUUCAGGUCAGGGCUGGUGCCAGGGCUCGUGAUUUUAGAAAAAUUCCCUAGAUGUUUCUGAUAUGCAGCCCUGAUUGAGAUCCAUUGGCGACAAUUGGCCAGAUUAUGUGAAGGGCCCAAUAAAUUCAAGAUAUGGUCAGCAUAUGUUCUCUGCAUGAACAGUUAGAUUUCUGAGUGGGGUUUGGGGGCACAAGGUCUCCUGGGCUUCCUGUUCAGAGGAUCCCUAGACAAUGGACCCCUGGAGGGCAAGGACCCAGAGCAUUCAGCUUUUAAUCCCCAUAAUCCAGCAUGUUUCAUUCAGUAUGAUGCAGUGGUUCAGAGCAUAGAUUUUGGAGUCAGGUGGCCUGGACUAGAUUCCUGGCUCUAAAAUACUAGCUGUAUGACUUGGGAAAAACUCUUAACCUUUUGUGCCUCAGUUUCCUCAUCUGUAUAAAAGAGAUAUCUACCUCCUAGGAUUGUUAUAAGGAUUCAUGCGUUCAUAAAUCUCUUAGUCAUAAUCCUGGCACCUAGUAAAGGCACAAAAACAGUGGCUACUACUACAAAACUCUGUAAAUUCUCAUAGAAUUGAAUGGGAACCCCUUCCCCUCUUUACCCCAGGAUUGCAUAGGUGUAUUUUGUGGAAGCUGAAACCUGCUAGGAGAGAAAAGGCAAGAUGUGAAGCUAAGGAGCCCAGCCCAGGCUGAGUUGCUGCUCAGCCUCUGCAUACCCCCCAGGGGCCAAGAAAGAUCUUGUUCCAACAUGAACAGCGCCAGCAUCAGGGCUCACAGACACUGAAAACAGGAAGUAUGAGCGCCACUGGUGGGUUGAGCAAUGCACUGCUAACAAUCUUCAGACCAUUUCCCAGCCACCUGACCGACCCCCAGCCAGCUGCUACCUCUUCCCAGUCACAGACCUCACUCCGGGCUAGCAGGGAUCAGCCACUUCUCCAGCAACCAGUUUCAAGGCUCCAGAUACGACCCUGUCACUCACUUUAGGGACUACCUUUUUCUAGUGCUCCCUAAGUGCUGGACAUUGUGCUAAGUUCUUCACCUAUUAUCUGGUUUAAUCCUUAUAACAAUCCUAUGGGGAAGGUGCCAUCCUUAGCCCCAUUUAACAGCAGAGAAAAUGGAGAUACAGAGAGGUUAGGUGACUUGCCCAAGGCAACGUGGCUGGUAAGUAGCAGAGCAAGGGUUCAGACCCAGGCAGCUGGCUCCAGAGUGCACAGGCCCAGCACUCUCAGCAGGGCCCAACCUGAGGGAAGGUUAGCAGCCCUCUUUUCAAGCUCCCUACUUCAGGGAUGCUGGGUGCAGGGAGGCUAAGUGUAUCAGAAUUUCAACCCUGGCCUAGAUUAUAAUUCUUUCCUCUUAAAAGAUUCCCAGGCCAAAUGAGCAAAUCACACUCAGCCGCCAGUUUCAAAGUAAAACUUUACCCUUCUCAAGCAAACCUCAGCCUUUUUGGUUGAAACCUGAUUUCAUUGAAGUGGUUUUUGUUUUCACCAGAACCCCUCCUUCUGAAAUAGUCUGUGGCUCAUUCUAUUAUCAGGACUCAACUUGAUUUCCACUCAUGCUCUGCCUUUCCCAAGCCAACCCCGCACAACAACAACACCCCUGAAUACACCCCUCCACCCUCACCCCUGUUUGUCCACCUUCCUCCCCAGCUGCUGACAUUUGAGCCUGCCCUUUGAAUCACAGUGAGAGGAGUUUGCUGAGGCGUUCUUUAAAUAACAGUACUACUGAGGUAUACUAAAUCACAUACCAUACAAUUCACCCAUUUAAAGUGUGCAACUCAAUGAUUUUUAGUAUAUUCACAGAGUUGUGCAACUAUCACCACAAUCAAUUUUAGAACAUUUUCAUCACCUCAAAAAGAAACCCCAUACCGGGGAAGAGGGAUAAAUCAGGAGCUUGGGAUUAACAUACACACACGACUAUAUAUAAGAUAGAUAACCAACAAGGACCUACUGUAUAGCACAGGGAACUCUACUCAAUUUUCUGUGAUAACCUAUAUGAGAAAAGAAUCGGAAAAAGAAUGAAUAUAUGUAUAUGUAUAACUGAAUCACUUUGCUGUACACCUGAAACUAACACAACAUUGUAAAUCAACUAUGAUCCAAUAAAAUUUUAAAAAAAGAAACCCUA